UGACAGUUGCUGAAAACAUGGUGUGGAAUAAACUACAAAAUAUUUCUGUAGCGGAUAAUUUACGCGUUGUGUAAAAAUCAUUGAAAUAUAUAAAUAAUGAAAAACGGCUUGCUACUGAAAUGAAAAAUAGCGCUAGUAUAAACGAUUUUAUGUUACCAAAACAAAGAACAGCUAGUGCUUUAAAAUCAAUCAGUGCUAAAUAAAAUGUUUCAAGUAAUCGCUAAAUCGUAUGUUUACAAAUUUUCUAGUAAAGUGGAAGUCGAAAAGUAGCUGAUAAAAAGCUUAAAAGUGUAUUGUGCAAUAACGAGAAAUGUAAAUAAAAAUGAAAACACAAAUGUGUACAUAGAUCAUGACUGCGGCGCUACUUUGUUUAAUGAUUAGAAUUUGUUGUCUUGCCGUGAAGCACCGUUAUCAGCCGCGAUUAAAUGGUUUUUCCGUUUUUGUUUUGUUCUGCACGGCAUUGUUGUUGUGAUGCAUUGUUGAGGUGAACCGAGAAAUUGCCGUGAAUAGUAAAAGCAAACGAACAAAUAGGUGCAACACGUCCGAUGGCACAAAUUAGCAACGCUUGAACUGUGCCCGGUUGAUGGCUGAAAAUACCAAAACAUCAAUAAACACACAAACAUCCACAAUCACAGCCAUUCACGAAAUUUCGCAUAUCCACGCAAAUAUCGACGCAUAGGUAGGCGCCCAGAGCGUUUAUCAUGCUGAGCAUUUCGCAUACAGAAUUUAACAUCGCCAUCAACGGUGCCAACAUCGAUUACAACGACGGCGGCGCCGACGACGACGGCCUCGUCAGCGUCAGUGGUUGUGCGGCUGGAAUAAGCUUAAAUCGCAUUUGAAAGAGUGGAAUUUUCGCGAUACAAGUGGCGACGUGACGGCGUGAAUGCUUCGUUAGCAACGUAUUUCGGAAAGCGUGCUGAGGACUUAAUCCCUUUACCCUAACAAACAACGCAAAACCAACCUGCACGCCCGCAUUGUUUCCAUUCAUUCGACGAAAGGAAAACAUCCAAAUCCGCCCCACUGUUAUUGCCGCUAUAAGCACAAUUCAGUUUUCCAUUAUACCCAUUUAACCUCUUUUUUAUUAGAAUUUACUGUACCGUUCGUCUCGACUUAAGCGCCGUCAUUCGCAUUCGCAUUUACAGUUUUUCUUAAGGGGAUUUGUUAAAGCAGCAGCUAUAGCCAAAGCAUUCACUUUAAAUCAGUCAGCCGCUAGAACGUUACAACCGCAUUGUUGAAACUAAAGUGUUGGUUCGUUCGUUCGUCGCUGCUUCGUUCGCGUGAUGAAAGAGUGAAGUGAGGCGUUGAUGGUGAUGCAGACAGCAGCUGGCAGUCGGCAUAUUCCGUUGGUGUGGUGAUAAAAAUCGUACGUGUAGUUCGUGUUGCCUAUGUCGGAAGAUGCCAGUGGAUAUGCAAAAGAACGUCUCCGUACAAGUUGAUAGUGAUUUUGCUUUACUUCUGCCUAGCGGUGUUUACGAGAUUAAGAAAAUGGAACCACGCUCCAAAAUACGAACAAUUAUCCUAUUUUGCCUCUUUUUGGCAAUUGCUGGUAUUAUUGGAUUCGGUUACUUCUGCCAAGAUCAGGUCUGUGCGCUCUCGAAGCGCGGCAUGAUGCUACAACCGGAUAUACUGGCCUACAAUGAGGCGAUAAUGCCACCACCGGGUGCCGUGGGCGCUGCCGCCGCAUCGGGUGUGGCGAACAAUGCGUACGGUGUGCACCACUAUCAGCAUCAGUCACAUCAGCCGGGUGGUGGUGGCGGCGGAGCCGGGUCCGCCAUGGCGCUGGCAUCCACAUCGGCGAUUAGCGCGAAAUCAAUACAGCAAAAUGUAAUUAUCACCAAUGCCGGUCUCAGCUAUGAGGAUGUGCUCAACGAUGAUUUUCAAUUCGAUAUGGACGGGCAUGAUGUGAUGGUGUUCCUGCAUAUACAAAAGACCGGAGGCACAUCGUUUGGACGACAUUUGGUGCGUGACUUGGAUCUAAAGCGACCCUGCGAAUGCCAGCGUCAACGCAAGCGUUGCUACUGCUUCCGUCCACACCGCAACGAGAAUUGGCUGUUCUCACGCUACUCGACCGGCUGGAAGUGUGGCCUACACGCCGACUGGACGGAGCUGACCAGCUGUGUGGAUAUCGAAUUGGACAAGAACGAAGGCGAGACGGCCAAACGUCGAUACUUCUACAUCACACUGCUACGUGAGCCCAUCUCACGGUAUAUGUCCGAAUAUCGGCAUGUGCGACGCGGUGCGACGUGGAAGGGUUCACGUCAUUGGUGUUUGGGGCGUCAAGCCACGGCGGCGGAAUUACCACCCUGUUACAAGGGCAAGGAUUGGUUGGAUGUGGAUUUGGAUGAGUUCGCCGCGUGCGAAUCGAAUUUGGCGGCCAAUCGACAGACUCGCAUGCUGGCCGAUCUGGCGUUGGUGGGCUGUUACAAUAAGACUGCUAUGCCGGCGCACGAGCGCGACCGCGUGAUGUUGGCGAGCGCCAAACGCAAUUUAGCCGCAAUGGCAUACUUCGGACUCACCGAGUAUCAGAAGAUUUCGCAGUAUAUAUUCGAAGAGACAUUCAAUCUUCGGUUUGCGAUACCAUUCGAACAACACAAUACAACAAUAUCUGCGUCGGCGGUUAACAAUCUGCGACCGGAUCAGAAGAAACGCAUCGAGGAGUUAAACAGCUUGGAUAUCGAGCUAUAUGCCUUUGCAAAGAAUUUACUAUUCCAAAGGUACGGUUCGUCGAAAUUCGAGCGACUAAAAGCAAAAGACAACGAUUUCGAAAAGCGAUUUGCCAAUUUGGGCAACAUCUACUACAAACAGGGUGUUACUGAAUUCAAUUGGGACAGCAACAUCGAUGACACACUAAGCACCGAUCAUUGAGCCCAAACGCUGGCAAACACAAUAGCGUAUUGAGGAAAUCGUUAUGCAAGCUAUAUAUGUAUGAAUACUUAUGUCUGGCUACAUUUAUUGCAUAAUUGCAAAAUGGACUUUACUUAGAUUUAAGCGUACAUUUAAACGUAAAUAUUAGCGGUAAUUCUUAGGAGAGUCUACAACUCUAUAUAUUUAUGGAAGCUGGUAGUAUUUGCUAGUUUAGACCCGCUGAUUUGUUUGUAAUCGGUUCUACUAUUUAUGUGUUGCUAUUGUAAAUAUAUUUCUAGAUUUUUUUUAGCGCAUUUUAGUUACGGAUUGAGUGUCACAAUUAGUUGCAAGUUAAUAAUAUUCGAAAUUAAUGUUCGACAUGUUUAUUGAUAGUCAUAUGGUUUUACUGUUAACUUUAAGAAAAUACGAGUACGCUAAGCCAAAAUUAGUUUAGACAUUAAUUAUAAGCUUAGCAUGUAAACAUUGAACGAACGAAGAGUAUUUUUGUUUAUUUUAUUAAUAUAAAAAAAUCAGUUUCUAUAUGAAUUCCUACUUUUAUUUUAUAUAAUACAAAGUAUUUACCUAUUAGUAGGGGUGGGACUAAUGUAAAGCUAGAAUAUCAAACGCAAACGUUAUUAUAAGCGGUUUCCGUACGCAUUCACCGACCCAGAAGAAGCAUUUACCAUAAAAAUCUUACUUAAAUCUCCUUUGUUUGUAACAUUGUUUUUGUAAAUACCGUACCAUGCAUUUUUCAUCCUUAUAUUUGAUUUGUGGCCAAAUUUGAUACCGAUAUUGAUUAUGUUUUUUGUUGUUUUAUUAGUCAAAAUAUUUAUAUAAGACAAUAACAAAUUAUAAUUGAAAUUGUAAUGCUUAUCUAAUUAUGAUUGCUUGUGAAAACACAAACCAAACACUUUUACAACAAUAAAAUAUUGACAGCAUAAACAAGCCAAAAUUAACAGAAAUCCAGAAAUUUGAAUAAAUAAGUAAUUACAUAGCAUCUUAAGGCAAUAAGUCAUUGCGAAAUUGCAAAACAUUGCAACGUUGCAAAUAACUGUAUGCAAAUGUCAUAUUUAUACAUACUUACAUACACACGCAAACAAUAAAACAACCAACAAAAAUAUCACUCACAUGAAAUAGAGUUAAAAAUUGCAUUAACAAAAAAAAAAAAAGAAACAAAACAAGAAUGUUCGAAAGAAUAUCAAAAUACACUAUGUGUUAAUCAUUUUACUUUAAUUAAUGCAUUUAUAUCAUUUACUGUACAUGUAUGUAUAUUGUGCCAUUCUGUAGAAAUUAUUCAUUUUUAUACAU